AGCUGAUUAGCCUUACCCAUAAUGCAACAACACAUGUUGUGCUUGUGCUAGAGGCAGAAACACGUUUAGCACAUCGUUCUGUUUACAAUUUAGCAGAUUUCAAUUCUGCUUUCUCGAUGUUUGUAAAACAACUCUCUUACGUUUCUGUAUCUUGAUUGUUGAUCGGUACUUCAGAAAAUAUUAUUAAGUAUAUAAUUAACAGUAUGACUACGCCAAUACUAACACAAAAGCAGCAAAGACAGAGCAUAUCGGCCAAAAAAGGACCUGUCAAAGGUUUACGGAAUAUCUUGGCACAGCCUACUGAGAAUCACUGGCCAACUGUAAAUAUAAAUCAGUACCCAGCAUUAGGAACUCUUAUGGAUGAAUUAUUACCCUUAAUAAAACAGCCAAAAUAUAAAAUUCCUGGAUUUAUGCUUAGACAUACACCGAAAGAAAAACGUAUAUCGGUUAAGAAAAAAGCUUUGGAAAAAGAAACCAUCAAGUUUGAUAAAAAUAUAUUGGAGUCUGUGAUCUUAGGUAUUAAUGCAGUCACUAGAGCCUUAGAAAAGGAUAAUGUAUGCUGCGUUUUAUUAGAUGCCAAUGUUGAACCACUUCUCUUAAUAAAACAUAUUGUUAUCAUGGCUCAGAAUAAGAAAACACCUGUUCUUCUGUUACCUGUCUUGAAAACAGUCACACUGCAAAAGAUUGGAUUUGCCACAGCAGCUUUUGCUUUGAAGAACAAUGUAAUGCAAUCUUCAGACAAUGUAUUCCACGCAUUAUACAAAUCGGUGGCAGAAAUUUCUAAUGACUUUAAACCACCAAAAUGUGCACUUCAACUUUUUAUGUCUGAUGAAAUAUCUGACGAAAGUGCAAUAUGUAUAGCAGAAAACGCAAACACAGAUUGUGAUCCAACUAUUUUCAAGCCAGAGAAAUCUGUUACUAUAUUUACAGAUGUGUAUAAAUAUAGAUCCUGCCGAAAAGAGAGAGCUUUUAUACCUCCAACUGUCAACGAAAGUCCUCAAGUCUCUCAAACACGAUCAGAUGAAUUUAUAGCUCUAAGCAACGAUCCUGAAUUUGCCGAUGAUGAAAAUUAUACAAAGAUAUCGAAAAAUGCGAGAUAUGUGAAUAUUUGCAAGGAAAAAGAAAGUGAAUCUGAGACUACAGAAAAAAAUAGCAAACAAUUAAUUGAUAAUAGUGUAAAUUCAUUGAAAUAUGCAAAAAAUUCUAUGUUAAAAAAGCGCAAAAAUGAUGUUACCUACCUACCAUUAAAAAUAAAACGUGUACGAGGAAACGAUCAUCGAGAAAAAGCGACUAAAUUUACUAAAAAGAAAAAUAAAUGAUAAUAAAUUAUCCUUUUAU